AUGGGACAAGGCUACUCCCUCACAACCCUGUCUGCGGGGUCCGCGGGGAUCGAUGUGCCCGAGCUAUCUGAUCUGCUGUAUGAGAAGUCAAUGGGGGGCGGCAGGUUCAUGAAGAGCAUCCGCGCAAGGCAGCAAAAUGGGUUGGUGUUUGUCAAGGUCAUUAUGAAACCGUUCCCAACCAUGGAGCUGGAACCUUAUAUAAAAGCUAUCACAAGGGAACGCAAGUUAUUGUCAGAUGUGCCGAAUGCAUUAAGCUACCAGAGAAUUCUUGAGACCGGCACAAGUGGAUACCUCGUGCGCCAGUACAUCCACAGCUCUCUCUAUGAUCGAAUUAGCACCCGUCCUUUCCUAGAGCAUAUCGAGAAGAAAUGGAUUGCCUUCCAGCUGUUGUGCGCUCUUCGGGAUUGCCAUUCAGUGGACAUCUACCAUGGUGAUAUCAAGACCGAAAAUGUCCUAGUCACGGCUUGGAACUGGCUCUAUCUUUCUGAUUUCUCAUCAUCUUUCAAACCAACCUUUCUCCCUGAGGAUAAUCCAGCAGAUUUCUCUUUCUUCUUCGACACUUCCGGGAGAAGAACGUGUUACUUAGCCCCCGAGCGGUUCUGUGUUGCUGGGGAAGAGCCCAGUGGAAAUGGUGUCAACUGGGCAAUGGACAUCUUCAGUGCUGGAUGUGUGAUCGCAGAACUCUUUCUUGAAUCGCCAAUCUUCAAUUUGAGUCAAAUGUACAAGUAUCGCAAGGGGGAGUACAGUCCAGAACACAGCCAACUAGCAAAAAUCGACGAUCCCGACAUCCGAGAGUUGAUUUUGCAUAUGAUUCAACUUGAGCCAGAGUCUCGAUACUCUGCGGAUGAAUAUCUCAACUUUUGGAAGGGCAAGGUCUUCCCAGAAUAUUUCUACAGUUUUCUCCAUCAAUACAUGUCCCUCAUGACGGAUCCAUCUUCCGGGCGAACAGACGUGGAUACCGAAUCAGCCAACAGAGGGGAGGCAGAUGAACGGAUUGAACGAGUUUACCUCGAUUUUGACAAAGUGUCCUAUUUCCUCGGUUCCAAUACCCGUGGCGUUGGAGCUCCAUCCAAUAUCCCAGUCUCCAAAUUGACCGGCAACACUCUUCCUGUGCGACUUGAUCUACUAAAUGGUGAGACCCAGGCAUCGGCGCCUCAGCCGCUGCCAGAUGAAGGCGCUCUAAUUUUCCUCACACUUGUUGUCUCCAACUUGCGAAACACAGCCAAAGCAUCGGCUCGAAUCAAAGCCUGCGAUAUUCUGCUUGCAUUUGCCGAAAAGCUGUCAGACGAAGCUAAAUUGGAUCGUGUUCUUCCAUAUGUUAUGAUCCUCUUGACUGACAAAACCGACACUGUCAAGGUCGCUGCAAUCCGCACCUUGACUCAGUUAUUGAAAAUGGUACAGGUGGUUUCGCCGGUAAAUGCCUAUUUGUUUUCAGAGUACAUCUUUCCAAGGCUGCAGCCAUUCGUCGCUACCCCUAGCAGCAAGUCAAGUGCGAUGGUGCGUGCCGCAUACGCCUCAUGUAUUGCGUCUCUGGCCCAGUCAUCCUUGAGGUUUCUGGAUAUGAUCCAAGCAUUGCGCUCUGAUACCCGCUUAGCCGCACUAAUUCCGGUCGGCUUUGAGCCCCGGUGGACCGAGGAUGCGACUUAUCACAAUCUUUACGACGUGGCUCGCGUCGAUCUUCUAGAAUACUUUGAGGUUCACACGAAGGCACUAUUGACAGACACAGACGCAUCAGUUCGGCGGGCCUUCCUAGGUUCCGUGUCAAGUCUUUGUGUCUUUUUUGGCAAUAUCCGGGCAAACGAAGUUAUUCUUAGCCACUUGAAUACUUAUUUGAACGACCCGGACUGGAUUCUGAAGUGCGCAUUCUUUGAGGCCGUCAUAGGCGUCGCCGCAUAUGUUGGGAGUCUAAAUCUAGAGCUUUACAUAUUGCCACUGAUGGUUCAGUCUAUGACUGAAUCCGAGGAAUUUGUUGUUGAACGGGUCAUUCGGUCUCUAGCCGCUAUGGCUGAGUUGGGCUUGUUUCAACGAUCGACUACCUGGGAUCUUCUGAACAUGACCGUGGGUUUUUUGGGACAUCCAAAUGUCUGGAUUCGGGAGGCUGCAGUCAAGUUCGUGGUCAAUUCCGCCAGAUUUCUAUCGGUGGCGGAUAUUCAUUCAAUACUAACACCCAUUAUCUGGCCGUUCCUCAAAAUCAAAAUUGUCGUGUUUUCAGAGGUCAGAUUGCUCGAUGCACUGAAGCGGCCGAUAUCGAGAAAUGUGUACGACAUGGCCUUCUCCUGGGCUUCGAACUCAGACAAAGGUGUUUUCUGGAAAUCGUCUGGUCGGGAUGGCAUGUUCAGCCUGUCUGAGCCUGGGACAUUUAGUUCCCGUCUGGGUCAGCGAAAUUCUUCUUUUGUUAUGGCCGCACAACCAAGAAAUGACGAGGAUGAACAAUGGCUUGGUCGACUAAGAAACCUUGGGAUGGGAUCUGAGGAUGAAUUCAAGCUGCUAGCACUCAAAGACUAUAUCUUGCGAGUCUCAUUGCGACAAUCAAGAGAAUCCGAUGCUAGUAUGAUGUCGCCAUUGAACGAUAUUCUCAGCUUGACGCAACAUGGGGUUAAGCCUCAGACUGUGUUCUUUGACAAGGAAAUCAAAGAUCAAUCGCGGAUAAGUGCUUUGAACGAAACCGAUGGGGAUGUCGAUGAUUUGAGGCCGAAAACUAUCGCAGAUGCUUUAUUAGACGCUUCUACGACCAUUGAGCGAGUGUCCAUUACUCAACGCAAACACUUGCGAUCAAAAAGCCAACUUUCGAAAGAAACAAGACAGUCCUCAGGUGUUCCUUUGCUGGACGGCAAUGAACCCUCUCCACAAUCAUCAUCUGCUGCAGGUCCUGGCUCUCGUCCAUUGUCACCUCCGGGCCUUGGAGAUGAUCGCAAGCUUUCCAGUCGCCGACCGAGCCCUAGACAAGAUGGAUCAUUGACACCGACUAACGUAGACACUAGAAGCCUAUCUGAUCGUGUCCAGAAAAAAUCCAGUGCGAUCAAUUUGUUGAAUCGCAAAGAAACUGCUAAAGCUUACGCUGAAACGGGCACAAGCUCCGAAAAUGCAUUUGGAAAGGUCGAUGCACCAGUCCAAAGGGGCGGAACACCCCGACCAUUAACACCCUUGAUUCCAGAUGAGCGCAAAGCGCCCAAUGUGGUCUGGCAAAAAUACCGCCCCCGCCAUUCGUAUGGGGGCAAUGAUCCUGCGGUUCUGCGCCUGUUGAAUCACGUUUUCGAGGAGAAUUACCCCACAGACUUGUUCGACCUAGGACCAUACGUAAAAGAAGUGGAUGUUCGGCAACCAAUUCGGAGCAUCACUGAAAAAGAGCCAAAUAGGAUCUGGAAGCCCGAAGGGAAUCUGGUCGCGACUUUUGGUGAGCACAGCGCUCCAAUCAAUCGUGUUGUGGUAGCACCAGAUCACUCCUUCUUCGCGACCGCUUCCGACGAUAGCACGGUGAAAAUUUGGGAUACAACUCGUCUUGAAAGAAACUUGACUCCUCGAUCUCGGCAAACCCACCGUCAUGCAUCAGGCACACGUGUAAAGGCGUUGACCUUUGUCGAGAAUACCUACACUUUUGUCAGCGCGGCUACUGACGGCAGUGUUCAUGCCGUCCGAGUUGAUUAUCAGAAAGUCAGUCAGACGGCCGUUCGAUACGGAAAGCUUCAAAUAGUUCGUGAAUAUCAACUCCCCAUCUCGAAAGAUGGAUCGCCAGAGUAUGCCGUUUGGAUGGAGCACUUCCGCGAUGAAGGCCAGUCCACCUUGAUCAUUGCGACCAACACCUGUCGUAUCCUCGCGUUGGACAUGAAGACGAUGUUGCCGAUCUAUACACUGGAAAAUCCAGUUCACCAUGGAACCAUAACUACAUUCUGUUGCGAUCGCAGGCACCACUGGCUAUUGGUCGGCACAACUCAUGGAAUCCUCGACCUAUGGGAUCUGCGCUUCCGCGUGCGGUUGAAGGCAUCGGGACUCCCGGGAUGGGGUGCUAUUAAUCGGAUUCAACUACAUCCCGUCAAAGCCCGUGGCCGCUGGGUCUGCGUAUCCAGCAGCGGCAGCCAUGGCAAUGAAAUCACGGUGUGGGAUAUUGAGAAGUUCCGCUGUCGCGAGGUCUACCGAGCGACCCCACUGGGCGUCGGCAACAAUGUCCCUAACGGUGCACAUCACUCUUCCCGGACCCCUCACCCUUACCCAGCUCCCAUUGUGCCGAGUGAUUACGAAAAGUUCCAGGUUGAUGGCGACCGGCCAGAAGGUAUGCUAAGUCGAUUUGCAUCAAACGGCACUGAACCCGGUACUCCAUCUUCCAACAACCCAGCUGGUGAUCGGCUUGGCACCUGGGCAUUUACUGUUGGUCUCAAUGCCCCUGACGAAGACAAAGACUCCAGCACAAGAUGUGGGUACAUCAUCUCCGCGGGAUGCGACCGGAAGAUCCGCUUCUGGGAUCUCGCUCGGCCGGAUUUAUCCUCGAUAGUCAGUGGGCACGAUGUCGUCUCGGAUGGUAGCGCUAGUAGCAAGCCGCACUACGAGCAGACUCAGCCAGGUCCCAGUCUCCUGGUUACCACCGAGCACCUCCCCAGUUUGUCCAGCACUGGUGGUCCUCGAGAUGCUCGGAAGGGAGCCAGUCGGCCACCACGUAGCACAGUCAUCAGUCUCCAGCAGCAGAUGCUCCUGAAGAGCCAUUUGGAUGUUAUCCAGGAUGUGGCGGUCUUGCGUGUGCCGUAUGGUAUGGUUGUGAGCGUUGACCGUGCGGGUAUGGUCUAUAUCUUUUCUUAG